UUGUAAACAGUGAUACAAUUCCAAAGGAUUCCAGCCCGAAUAAUUAAAUACCUAAUACUGUACUGUGUGAUUCAUGGUAUGAAAUAUGAGUGAUUUAGCAUUUUAUUGUAUUGCAAGAGUACAUUUUGUGAGCGGUCCUGUCUGACCGUCCUCUCAGGAGAAUGAGUUUGACACACGCAUGCGCAGAUUGAUUGUAAAGCGGGCCUUGAAUCAUGUCGAGACACGGUCGAAACGGAGGAGACGCUAAGGUUUACGUCGGUAACCUGGGCACUGGUGCAGGGAAAGGAGAGCUAGAGCGGGCGUUUGGGUAUUAUGGACCCUUGAGAACAGUGUGGAUUGCUAGGAACCCACCAGGGUUUGCCUUUGUGGAGUUUGAAGACACCCGGGAUGCAGAAGAUGCGGUCCGUGGCCUUGACGGCAAGUUAAUUUCUGGAUCUCGAGUUCGAGUUGAAUUAUCUACAGGGAUGCCGCGGCGAUCUCGGUACGAGCGUGCGCCCACCAACCGGCCCUUUGACUCCAACGACAAGUGCUAUGAGUGUGGUGAGCGGGGGCACUAUGCCUACGACUGCCACCGCUACAGUCGACGCAGGAGGAGCAGGUCCCGGUCUCACACCAGGUCCGGUGGGAGGAGGUACUCUCGCUCUCGCAGCCGGGAUCGUGGCAGGAGAUCAAGAUCCUUCUCUCCACGCCGCUCUCGUUCUCCUAGAAGAUCUAGAGCCCUUACCCCCAAGAGAUCAAGAUCUCGAUCAAAGUACAGAUCAAGGUCUAGGUCACUUUCUCGUGCAAAGACCAGGUCUGGUUCCCCCACGAGGAGGUAUGCAGAAGUAUUGAGUCUGACCCCAAUUUUCUUCCCACCAUUCUCCUCUCUAAACGAGCUGUGGAACAGUUUGACAAUGCAUGAUAAGCAGCAAAAUGAGACAAUGAAAAUGUUGUCCAUCCAUACAGUUUAAACGGUCCACUCUACCUCGAGGAGUCCUCGUCGAGGUGACAGCUCGGAGAGAGAGGACUGAACUUUGAAGUUUUUUUUCUUUAUGUAAGCAUCGCUUGUGACUAAGUUCUUUGUUAACCCAUUGUAUUAUUUGAAAAUAUGUAGCUUGUUAAUUUCCUCUUGAGGCAUAUUACUGACAUUUCAAAAAGAAGCAAUGGGGACCCAGUUUGGAAUGCUUUUGUGUUUGUGUUUUAGAAAUAGUUGUUGGUUAAUAAAGUAUAUUUGAUUUAAAA